AUGAACAUUUCAUGGUUGAUAGAAGGGAAGAACUGUGUGAUGUCAAAAGCCAGUGCGCUAGUCUGGAGACCCUUAACCCACCAUAUCCAUGGUGAGGCACACAAGUACGUCACCGAACUUAAAGUCAGGAUUGGACGUCGCAAGACGGACAACUCUAUAGACACGCUCCGCUCUCGAGCUGCGCACUCAGUCCUGGAUUCGUGGAGUUCCACUUUCCAAGAUCCAACCUACCGGGGCUCUGAAUUCUUAGAGCAAUGGCCUGACGGGCGGCUGCUACAGCCAUCGUACCUCAAUGGAGGACCUUGGCUUUCAACAUUCGGACACAGUAUCACUGAGUUCGCCCGCGUUUGCCAGUGUAUAACUGGCCACGCGCCCAUUGGAGCGUAUUACCGUCGCUUCAAGAUCAAUGAGCCUCAUGGCUGCACUUGCGGGGCUGCUUUGCAGUCUCGCCAGCACGUCCUCUUUCGCUGUCGCAAUCGCUACUCCGUGCAUUACCCCCGCUUUCUUGGGGAUAUUGCAUCUUUUAUGAAGUACAACCCCACAGUGUUUGGCUUCAACCAGGACCCUUCGGGUGUUGGAUAA